GGUGGUGGAAAACACACAACACAAACAGCUCGAGCGCCGCCGGAGAGCGGGGAGCUAUAGGCCCGGGAGCCGGCGGCUGGGGCAGGGCCCGGGCGAGGCGCAGCGGCCGGCUCGGGCCGCUUGCAUGGAGCCCUCGGAGACGGACUGCACAGGCUGUGGCUCCCCGCGGGCAGCGCCGGAGGCGGCCCACCGCUCGCACACACCCACUGCCGCUGCCGCCACCGCCGCCACCGCCGCCGCCUGCAGCAGCGGCUCUGCCGGGCGCUAGGAGAAGCCGGCAGCCCGCCUCCUGCCCGGGCUGGUCGGUGGGGCUCGGGCGGAGGAGAGGCGCCGCCGCCGCCACCGCUGCAGCCCAGCUCCUUAGCACGGGCACUUGCAUGCCUUGGGAGGUGGCCCCAGCGGCCCCUUGUUGCCCCGACCCCCGGCGGGUUGAGCCUCGAGCUACAGCCCGAGCCCGAGGAGGAGGAGGAGGGCGAGGAAGAGGAGGGCGAGGAGGAGGUGACAAACUCUCCCGCUUUGCACUGCGGCCGGGAGCCCCAGCGCCAGGCAUGCAGGCUCGGCGUUUAGCCAAGCGCUCCAGCCAGGGGAGCCGCCGGGGGGGCGCAGUGCUGCAGCCGCCGCCGGGCCCGGCGCUGGCGAGGGAGGGCGCUUUGCCUGGGUUGCCGCCCCUAGCCCCGGCCCGGGAGAGCUGGAGGCCGCCUCCUCCGCCUCGUCGAGCCGGAACCGGGUCCGGGGCCGCCCCCUCUCCUGCCGCCACCGGCGCAGCCACGGUCCCCGCCCCGGUGCUCCUGCUGCUGGAAGAGGAGGAGGAGGAGGAGGACGGCGAGGAGGAAGGGGGAAGACGGCGGAGGGGGCGCGGGAGGUUGGAGGGGAAGCCCCGGGGGGGCGCGGAGGAGGAGGACGACGACGAAGAGGACGACGAGGACGAGGAGGUGGUAGUUGAGGUGGUGGAGGAGGACGAGGAGGAGGAUGUCGAGGAGCGCUUCGUGCCCCCUGCGGCCCCGAAGGGCCAGCCCCGGGGUUCACUGAAGGCAGGGAGCACUAAGCGUGAAAUGACCUUCACCUUUCAACAGGAGGACUUAAAACGUGACUUUAGUAAAAAAAUAUCCUAUCAACAAUUGUUCCCUUUGGCCAUGGCAGAAGAUGUGAGAACAGCUGACACCAAAAAAGCCCACAGAGUCCCUGAACACGAAAAAGAGAACACUCGAUCCAUCUGUCUCCUGGAACAAAAACGCAAAGUGGUUUCGUCAAAUAUUGAUGUUCCUCCGGCAAGGGGAGUAGGAAGUUCUGAAACAUGGAGACAAGGGGCAGGAGUGGGGAAAUCUUCAGAAGAACUGGAUAUGGAUAAAGUAACAGCAGCAAUGGUAUUAACCAGUUUGUCCACCAGCCCUUUGGUUCGAAGCCCUCCUGUGCGGCCAAAUGAGGGCCUCAGUGGAUCUUGGAAAGAAGGGGGAUUUGUGCCUUCGAGUACCAGCAGUAGUGGGUACUGGAGCUGGAGUGCCCCCAGUGAUCAAUCCAACCCAUCCACCCCAUCUCCACCUCUGUCAGCCGAUAGCUUCAAACCCUUCCGAACACCCACUCAGCCAGACGACGGCAUUGAUGAAACAGAAGCAAGCAACCUUCUCUUUGAUGAACCCAUUCCCAGGAAAAGAAAGAAUUCCAUGAAGGUGAUGUUCAAAUGCCUUUGGAAAAACUGUGGGAAGGUGCUAAGCACAGCUGCUGGAAUCCAGAAACACAUCAGAACCAUCCACCUUGGACGCAUAGGUGACUCAGACUACAGUGAUGGAGAAGAAGAUUUUUACUACACAGAGAUCAAACUCAAUACAGACUCAGUGGCUGAUGGGCUCAGCAACCUUUCCCCAGUUUCUCCCUCUCAGUCCCUGGUGUCUCCUCCAACAUUCCCCACCUUGGAUUCUAGCCGUUCUGAAACUCCAUGUGCCAAAACGGAGCCGAAAUUGAUGACGCCUCUGAGCCAAUCAGCUCCUACCACCCUCUACCUCGUACAUACUGACCAUGCUUACCAGGCUACUCCCCCGGUGAACAUUCCAGGAUCCACAAAAUUCUCUCCUAAUGGCAGCAGCUUUAGCAUCUCUUGGCAAUCUCCACCAGUUACCUUCACAGGCAUUCCAGUUUCCCCAACACACAAUCGUCCUGUGGGCAUAGGAGAGCAGAGACAACAGACUCAUUCAGUCCUGUCUUCACCUCCCAGAGGAGCAGUGAGCUUAAGAAAGCCACGGGGGGAGGGCAAAAAAUGCCGGAAGGUUUAUGGCAUGGAGAAUCGAGACAUGUGGUGCACUGCCUGCCGUUGGAAGAAGGCCUGCCAAAGGUUCAUUGACUGAAGAGUGGAAGCCUCAAAGGUGCGGGGUGGACACCCAAGAGCCUGCCUACAGCUGCCCUUGACACUCUUCUUGCCCUCUCCUUCCACUCCUGGUUUUGAAAAGAGGUUUUUGCAUUAACAACAAAAUGCACUCAUAGCCAAGGUGCAGCCUUUCAAGAAACCUGUGUGUGGAAGAACAGCAAAAAAAAUUUAACAGUAACUAGCAUCACCAACCAGUAUCCAACCUGGAGCAGCUAUAACUUUUUUUUUAGUUGGAAAAAAAGUUAACCUUUUGCUCUGUGACUUCCUCACCACGCCAGGCCAGCCCCAGUAGAUCUUGUAACUGUACUGUGAACUUCUGUAGCAGUUAAAACAACAAACCCUUCUUUCCCUAGAAUGGAGGAAUCUUUUGCUAUGUUUUCUGACUAACACACCUUGCAAGAUUUUUUCUGACACUUUAAGAAACAACCCACCACAUAAGCUACAGUUUAUUCAAACAGCAUUUGUACAAAGAAUGGACUCUACUCUGUAAUUCCCAAUGCGAACAGUCUUGCUUCAGUUUCCCAUUUGACUCCUUGGAGCCAUGCAUACCCUACUGUGCUCUAGGGACAAACAGCACUCAUGAUUUCUUUUCCAUUUGGGAUUUUCUUUUUUUUUUUAAAUGGCCACACACCAGAAGUCCUAUGGGAUCUAUUAACCUGUAAGACCCCCCCGGGACUUUCAAGAACACAAAAAAGAUAACAAACGUUGGAAAUCACCAGCAAACUUACAGCCAUGAGCUGAGAUCAGGAAAUCCAGUUGUCAUCAUUGGGAAACAUCUAGGAGCUUCACUUGAUUUCCCAAGAAGCUUUUUCUAAUUGCUUGGCUUUCUAUAAUGUAGUGGCCAACCCAUGAGAAGUAAGCAUCCUGCUUCUCUCCAUCUUGUUGCAACUGUCAAGAACUGGUCCAUGUAGCCAUCUGGGUAACCCUUAGUCCUUUUUUUCAGGGAUGUGAUCCAAACCAGCAGCUCAGCUCUGUUUACUAUGAUUGCUUGUUUGUGAGACUGUUGCCAGCUUAAUGGGUCACUAGUCCUUUCCAUAAAACAAAACAAAAAAAAAGAGAAAGAAAAGUCUACAAUGGUUUUCAGAAAAGGUAUAAAAAUCAGAAAUGUCUCAUACACAUAAACCUGUGAGGUUAGCUUUAAGAGCAGAGCACAGCCUACAUAGUCUCAUCCAUUCUCAAAAGCCGUUUUGAGGUUAGAAAACCAAUUCCUAUUUUGAGUGCACUUUUAUAGAUUUUUAUGCUUUUGCAUGUCUGGUAUAUGGGCUAAUGAAUACUAUAGAUCUUUGUAGGAGUUGAUGCAAAAUACAGACCUUUAUUUUUUAUCAUUUGAAAAAUUGGGGGCUAUUUAUUGAUAAUUACCCUGGUGAGAAAAAUACAAUAAACAAAAGGAAAAUGCCAUGUUGGAUAAUACAAAGUGUAGUUAUAGGAAUAUCUCCGUUUAGGAGGAUCAAGUCUUAAAGUAGGUGGGAUUUACAAGAUCUGAGGCCUUAGCUUUUUAAGAAAAAAACAUUUUUUUUUUCCAUUUGGGAGCUAGGCCUCGCCCUAUAAGUUAAUUUUCCAUCCAACCUAUUUCCCUACUAAAUUUUUUACUCUCUCCUAUCCCUGUGCAAAGAAAACUAGCACCUUAGAGGAUGUUUUGUUUAGAACUUUAAAAUUAACAUCAGCCAUAGGAAUGUUAAGUAAAAUUGCACAAAGGAAGAGUGUUACUAUGUUUAGAAAUUGCACAUACACAUACAUACACAUUUCUGAACUGAAAUCUGUUAUGCCUGAUUUCCCUUUACAUUUUUAAAAAAAUAAAAAGGAAGUACAGUAGGUUGCACGGUACAAUAUUCUGGCCCCCAUUUUUCCUUACUUUUUGGCAAAUUUUUGUUUAAGAUCCCUCCGAGAGAGAACCAUGGUUCUUUGUUUCUUAUGGGUUAAUAGACUAGCCUGGUUUGAUCACUUCUUUUAAUCAGUUCUACUCACACUUUUUUUUUAAACCCUUGGCUCUAGAUACCAGAAAACAGCAUUUGUACAACCUCACCCAACUUUAGUACCAUAAUCCUUGAAAAAAAAGUACUUUCUAAUAUUUGCUAUAUAGUAUGACAUUCCCUGGGUCAGCCAUGAAAACAGUCUGAAAAAUUCUCCCAUCUUCUCACACAUUGAUUUGCUCAUAGUCUUCCCACUCCCUCAAAAAUCAAGGAUCUUUCUUCCCUUGUAUGUCAUCGUGCCUAUCAUACUACUAUCUUGUGACCAAGAUGGCACUACUUUUCAUUUGGGCAGUUCCACAAAUAUGGUAUAGGGUUUGUACUAAGCCAGCCAGACUUUCUGGUCUCUCCUAUAACUUGUACUAUUAUCAGUGAGCAGAAUUAAGGACUCUAUCUGUGACUAUAAAAUGGAAUUUUGCCUAUUUUGCAAAGCUACCUGGUCUACUGACAGAAUCUAGUCCUUGGUUUUGUUCUUCAGAUUCAGUAACCAAUAAUGAAGAACUGAAUUCCCCAUAUCCCAUAAAACCAAGAUAGCUCUGCAUGAGAUGAGUUUCUGUGGCCACAGUGCUCAGCCCCAUAGGAGAUGGUAUAAAGCUCCCCAAAAGAAUGUUAGAUAACCUCCCCUCCCCAUCUACAGUCAUCAACUAAUUUUCAGAACCAGUAGUGUUGUAACAAGCAGCAGACAGCCCAGUCACUCACCUCCACAGAGUUCCUACACAAAUUGUCACUUCUGUUUAAAGCAAGAGUUCUUAACCUUUUUUGGGUCAGCCUGGCUUAGCCUAUGGACCCCUUCUCCAUAUACUAUUCUAAAUAGCUAUGAUUACAAAGGAAAAUAAUUAUACCAAAAUACAAUUGGCAAAAUACUUAAAAAACAAACAAACAAACAAAACAAGUUCACAGACCCCAGGUUAAGAACUCCUGGCUUAAAGUCAUCAAUGUUCAGACUGAUUCACCAAAUCAGCCAAGGAUGAGCACUGCAAAAAAAGACAAGUGUUUAUUGGGUACCAGACUAUAUACCAAGGCCAGCCUUGACAUGGCUUCAUAACAUAUGCCUGCAUUGACAUACUGAACAAUCCUUGCCCCAUAAUUUGACAUUUGAGGUAACUAAGAGAUGUGGUGUUUUACCUGGCUGACUUAAGAGAAAGGGAAUUGUGGCUUAUCCUAGGAAAAGUUUUUGUUUUGUUUUUUCAUCCAAAAAUCCAAAUAUGUUUUAAAUCCAGGAAAAUGACUUUAUUUUAGAGAAGUAGGGCAAUUUGGUUGUAGUUAUCUAUCUCAAGUGCCAAAAUAAACCACACACCCAUAUGAUAAUAUGAUGUUGGGCAACAUGUCAUCUUAAUUCUUCAUUUGGUGGGGGGGUGGGGGGGAUGAAGAAGGAAAGUUAGAAGACAUUGACUUUAUUGAGAAGGCUCUCCACUACCCACUCACUACUUACAAUUACAUAAAUGCCUCACAAAACACACUGGAGCUUUGCCCACACAGAGGUAGUAGCAAGAAUAUGAUUUAAGGUCCAGAUAUAUUUCUAAGAACAUCUUUGUGACAAUCGCUUUCUGAUUUUCAUGAAGUUUCUGGUCUUCUCUGUGGAGGGCAUUUCUUAACUGCCAACACUAUAUCCCCUAAAUAUCUGAAAAACAAAUGGUACCCUACAUGUACUGUGAUCAGCAUGGCCACUUCUAGAAUCAGGCAUCAUUUAUCUUAAUAAUUCUUAUAAAAUGCUUUUGCCAAAGCCCCUCAGUGCUUUCCAGUAGAGAUGUACCAAACGUCCUUGAAAGGGGAACUUAAGAAGCAGAGAAGAGAGUUCCCAUUGGGGGAACCAGGCAGGAGGUGGGAGGAGAGACCUCCUGGCAUCGUAGGUGAGAGUUUUUCUACCUGGCACAGAAUCGAGUGUUGCUCUGACCAAAUUGAGUUUAGGGUCUCACCUUUCCACCUCAGAUCAUGACACGGUCAUGGCUCUCUGAAAAGACAAUAGACUGCAGGUCCAUCUAAGGAAGUGGAGAAAGGCCCUGAAGAACAAAAGCCACCUGGGUGGAAAGGUCACCUCUCUUCCUAAUGCAAAACACAGCACGGACGCUCCCACUCCAACACCCCAUUCUCGUUGGCCACUUUUCCUUCUCUUGCUGGGAGCACCCGGGGCAGUCACAAGCAAUGAAUUCACUCACCCAGCAUACUUUGUGCUCUGCGGCAUAUUUUUAUCCAUAAACUGUGACCUGGGAGGCACAGAGGGAGAUAAAUGCUGUGCUGAGGUGCCACUUUCAUUACAGAAUUGCCUUUCUGGUCAUAACUGUUAUCUGCAAAUGAAACUUUUCAGCUGAGUGAUGCAGUUGUUAUAGGCCUUUGACUUUCCAUGAAAUUUUAGCAGAAGGAUUCAUUUGCAUGGUAGAAAUGAGUUCUGAAAAUGAAGUCUAACCUAUGAACUUUAAAGUUGAUCAUUAAAUCUAAGUGGACUCUGUCUUUUACUUCCCUCUAAGCUACACUGGAAAGCAGCUCUCAGUUCUACUUCCAGAGUCAGUGCUGCAAACGCUUUUAAUUUUGGUUUUCCUCUAGAAGGCUUCUAUGGAAAGGGGAAGAUGCACGGCAUUCCUCUCGCCUGAAAAGUGACUAAAAUUGUAUAUAAUGAUAGCUCGCUUUUAGGCAGUGCUUUACCAUUUACAAAGCACUUUACACACAGUCUCAUUUAAUCCUGUGAGGGCAGUCGGGCAAGGGGUCUUCACCCUCCCCUCCCUUUUAAUAUAAAGUAGAAUACCUUCAUAAUAGUUGCAGAAUAAUGUAAAUAAUACUCAUUUCCUCAGGGAAAAUUAAAGGGCAGAACAUUUGUAAAUUAGGUCUGGUGGACCCUAACAGGAAUAAGAGUUUUAAUAUGUAUUUUUAGUGUUUUUUUCUAGUCAAAACUAUGUAGCAAAAUGAAGAUGAUGUCAGAAUUCUGAGAGAAAUACACUAGCAGGAGGACACUGUUUUAGGUAGCAUGCAGUGCCUCACCCGCCAUGUGUGUCUCGCUUAAGGAAUAGGUAUAUAUUUAUAGCUGAUCUGAGGUUCUAUGAUUGGAAUUUGAAUCCCAAACAGAUCUCGCCUGUGGCUUCUGCAAGCCCCACAGGCAUUUGUUGACUUUGUAUAAAGCUUUUCUGAAUGUACUUGUAAACAUGCAGUUUUGUCAUCUCCUUAUACGAUCCCUUGGUUAAAUAGCUCUAUUCUAUAAGUGGAAGUCUGUACCUGAAAGCAGUUGGAAUGUGUUUUGCACUCCAUUGCAUGUUGUAGUGCAAAACCUGUAAGUACCUUCUUGGGAGAGGUACUGUUUUCUUCCAGAUGCUGUCAAAUUUAGAUUGACCUUUCUUCAUGUCUCCUGUAGCGCUGACCCAAGUGGGAGCCGGAUAGAAUUCAUGAAUAUAAAUGAGAGCCAAAAUAGGGUAGGAUUCAUGAAUAGGAAUGUGGCUGUGGAGCAUAUUAUAUAGUGCUCUGGGCACGCAGGUCUACUAGAAAUUCAUCUCCCUAAGAAAACAACUACCAGAGCCGCACAUAACAAACUCUCCACCUUCUUCAAGCCAACAGCAAUUUCUCCUUAUUAGAACUUCUUGGUAGAGUCCUUUUUUUGCAUCUCACUUUGCCAGUUCAGAAAGCCUCCAAGUAGCAUUAAAACUUUUAGGUGCCGUUAUUUACACUGAGUGACUCUGGCCCCGCUAUCUUAUGGGGAAAAAGUUAUCUCCACUAAUGGAAUUCUCUGUGUAGAUGUCACCCCUGCUACAAAAGUCCCCCAGAAAGUAGAAAUACAUGAUUGUCUUGUAUUGUUUGCUAUAGGAAUGGAACUCAAAGGAGGGAUUCCUCUUCUGGUCAUUUUUUGUAUAUAGUUAGUUUUUUUGGUUUGGUUUGUUUUGCAGGACAAUCUCAUUCUGUGUAACACUGCUGUUAGUCUGGGGUUCAGAAUGCUAUGUUUUGUCACAUCAGUGUGUAAGUUUAAGUAACACAAUUAACUUAAUUUGUUGUUUAAAAAAAAGAAGCAAAAAAAGGCCACUUAAAAGAACUUCCACCCUUCUAAGAAGCAAGAGACACCGCUAAAAAGCUCCAUUGCUUAACCUCUCAAGGGGACCAAAAACAGUUUUCAAGAUGCCCAGUGCUUUGUCAGCACAGGCGGCAUCCUCUUUGGUAAGAGGAGAUAGUAUUCAUCUCAACAAAGCACAUAUAGGGCAGUGUUUCUACCAGGCAAGAAGGAGGUGGAGCAGUCUUCAGUGUUGACAAUGCAACUUGCUCCCUAAAUGAAGGGCUUCACCACUUGGACUAGUGACUGGUCACUCUCUGGGACUCUUAUCUCCCUGUAUCGAGGACAGGAAUAGGCCAAUCUGACAAGAGAAUCCCCAUAUUGCCAUUACCAUUACUAGGACCUAAAAUUGUGUUUCAAAUUACCUUUGAGUGAACCUAAAAGAGACAUUCCCUAUGCCAUUUUAUUUUAUUUUAUUUUUUAAAAACCCUCACCUUCUGCCUUAGAGUCAAUACUAAGAAUCUGAAGAAUUGGCUCCAAGGCAGAACAGUAAGGGGUAGGCAAUGGGAGUUAAGUGACUUGCCCAGGGUCACACAGCUAGGAAAUGUCUGAGGCCAGAUUUAAACCCAUAACCUCCCAUCUCUAGACCUAGCUGAGUCACCUAGUUGCCCCUCCUCUUCUGUUUUAGACAACUUUGACAGAGGCACUUUUUUUUUUUUAAUUGGGGCACAUAUUUACUUGUUUAAGAUGCUCAAUAUGAAAGUACUAGCUGCCAGUCUUAAAAAUGAGCUUACCCAAUGAGAAUAUGAAAUUGUAUGUAAAGGGAGAAAUCAGUUAACAUCGGGUAUGAUGAGAUUUUUUUUAAGUCUCUGUAUCAGCCCAAAGACAGAAUUCUUGAAGAAUCAUCAAGAUUUGGGGCUCUUUAAAUUCCCAGACCGAAUUCUAAUAUUUUUAGCAAGGUCUCUAACAAACUAAAUUCUUAAUCUUUCAACAUGAUAAAUGUCCUCACAAGGGACCACAAGUUGUUACAAAGUGACCAUGUCCUCAAGAGUCAAGUAUGUCUAUGAAAAAAAACCCCAACAAUUUUUAAAUUAAAAGUAAGGUUGACAUACUAGAGGUUUUCAUUCCUGCCUAAAUAUUUUUAGCUUUAUUUCUACAAUACUGUGGAAUCUAUACACUUUGAUCAAUUCCAUUCCCAGAUGCAUCAAAUGUGUAUCACUUGGCUUGGGAGUUGUUAUUUUUUGGAGGGGAAGGGGAGGACACCUGACCUAAUCUUAAAUACAAACUGGAAUGAAGGAGGUAGAUACAUGUUCAAUGGUAUAAUUUCUAUAAGGCAACCAGGAAGGCAGAAAACCACUUGAUCCCAAAAUAGCCUUAAGAUCUGAAAAUUUGAGGCAUCAAGCUAGAUCUUGGGAUCACAGAUGUAGAGUUGAAAGAGACAUUAUAACUCAUUUAGGAAACUGAGGACCAGCCAUGAAGUGAUCGUUCAGUGUUCAUGAUAGAGCCAAGAUUCAGUCUUGGGCCCUAUGACUCCAACAUUCUUUCUACUAAACCAAGCUGAGUUCUGGAAAGCUUUGUACCUAAAUAGCCCAUAAUUCUUGGCAAGGCACAGGUCAAGUUCCCAACCAAUUUUUUUUUUAUGUUUUUUUAAACCAAAAAUGUUUGUUACACCUAAUGGUAGAUGGAGCCUUACAGAAGGUAUAUAGAGUAUAUUGUAUAGUUGGAGCCAACAUUGUUAUCAUGUUUCCCUUGGUCUCUCAGUCUCAUGUAUUAAAAUUCUGUGGAAAGGCUGCAAACUUUAGCUGUUUUGAGAAGAAAGAAGUCAGUGAGGUCAUAUCUCACCAGAAAUUUUUUUUUACUGAUGACAAAUUCAGAAAUGUGAUCUCCUUGGACUUCUGUCUAAACAAAAGUCAGCGAAGCAUGAUCCAAGUUAGUUCUCCUGCUGGUUAUGGAGUACCCAGUAGCAUUGAAAAAAACUGCAAUUGUAAGCUUUCUUACUGAUAUAACUACCGCAACCACUGUGACAAGAAGGGGGUAGCCCAGGAGAGCUGUUGCACCUUUUAGAGCAGGCAGCAAGGGAUUCCUCUGCAAUUAUUUUAAGAUAACACACUUUUCUUUCUAAUGCCAAAGCCCUUUGCCAUCUUCUUAGCACUUCUCCAUGUUCCUUCCGCCCCCAUCCAGCAAGUUUUCACCAUGAAACUACUAUUCUUAUCCGAUCUAGCAAAAUUCUUGUCACCUUACCACAAAAUUCUCAAUUUUAUGUAUAUUCUGGAGCUUCCACUGGAUCUCAAAAGGAGACAUUGUGCAUACACACACACACACACACACACACACACACACACACACACACACGUGCUUUUCUGAGGGCAGUUAAGAAAUUAGUAGUGGCUAUAUCUUGAAAGAGAUCAGCCAGAAUAUUAUUCAUUUGAAUAGCUAAUCUAAAUGACUUUCAAAUCCUAUUUUUUCAAAUCCAAAAUUUUUCAAAUCCUAAAAUUGAAUGCUGUUGGUUUUAAAAGACAAUAUAAUUUUAAAGUUGUUAUUCAGUAAACACUUGGAAUUAAAUUUUGAAGUAGUCCUUGAAGGUUAAAUUCAGAAAGAUGAAAACCUGCUCCUUGUCAGAGUCAGUUCUGGGGCCAAGCCAAUGGAUAGGGUCUAAAGCUAACCAGGGACACCUGUCUAUGAAUGUUUAUCACCCCACACCCAACCCAGAUGCUGAGAGAACCUGGAGAUCAGCCUCAGAACCAACUCAGAUUGCAAGAAGGAAACAAAUCUCAGGACUGAAGAUGGUAUAAGAAUUGAUUAAUAUAGCAGGAAGGUGGUAGAGCCAAGUCGAACCUGCCAGUAUUGGAGAUUGACAAGCAUGACAGAGCAGGGCUCAGUUCCUUGUUUCAUUGGCCAUCUAGACUUAAAAAAGUGAUGAAGAAAAUGUUAAUAAUGAAGAUUGAAAGUAUCUCAUAUGUACAGUCUUUUAGAGCUAGUUGUUUGACAUUUACCAGACAUAGGACCACUGUAGAAUGGAGGAAGUGCCCGGGGUUAACUUGUCAUCUGGACUCAAACUCCCAGGCAAGCCUGACUAGAGAGUUCUUUCAUGUUGGGAAGCUAAGGUUUACCAGGCAUCCAGCUUCAAGAACUUUUCCAGUGGUACUUUCAAAGAAGCAUGGAGCCCACUUGUUGCCACAGAAACCUACCUGUACUUCAUUCACUAGAAUGAUCCUUCUCGAUUUUCAACACAUCCUCAGCUCAAAUAUCCCUUUUACCAUUGUGAAAAACAGCUCUGAAUAACAGGAAUUUGACUCUUCAAACAAGUUAUCAACAAAUUGGAAAAAACAAUGAAACAGAGUAUGAGACUUAGCUAUUCUACCGAAAUUAGUCUGUACUCUCAAAUAUAAAUAUAUAUAUGAAAUUCUUGUAAUGUUAACACCAAAGAAGUCCCAAAUUACCAAAUAAAAGUUUUUUCUACCCUGAAAGGGGCGGGGGGAGUUGUGAGAGAAGAGUUGAUACUUCUAGAUGAUCUGCUUUUUAUCUGCUAUAGGUAGGGGUAAAUCUUGGUGUCAGUCCAAAAAUUAAAACCCAACUGAAAUGUUAAAGAUGGUACUGGGGGAGAGGGGAAGCCAAAUUAGAAAAACAUCUUUUUUUAAUUGGAUGUUCCUUUUUUGUAGUUGUUCAGAUUCAAGUGGGACUUCUUGAAAAGGCAACUUGAGCCAUAGUAAGUAACUCAAGGCCAGUGAUGGGUUCUACUUCACCCUUCUGUUAUUUCAUCAGACCCUGACCCUUCACUCUCUCAUGAUUUUGUCAAAUCUCAAAGGAGAUUUUGUCAAAGAGCUACCAGUGGCUUUUGGAGACCUUCCAUCCCUACCCCUUACUUUCAAGGAGAUGAAUGUAGUACUCCUACUACAUAGUACAUAGUGGCUCCCAUUAUGGGAACUUCAUCGUAGUUUAUUAAUUCAUAUUCAUAAAUAAACACAUCCCAAAAGUUUCUUCUAUAGCAAAUGGAAUAUUUUAGAUAUUGUUUUUCUGAUGUAAAAUGUACAGUAUUAAAAGGAAAACUGCUCGGUAUUCCACCUCCUUAGGGUGUCUCUUUCAUGGACCCCCUAAAAAAAAAAGAAGCCCAUUUUGCAGUAGUUGCUGCCAAUGUCAUUUUGCUGUGUUCGAAUUAUAAAAUUACUUAGACCCAUGCAUGGAGAAGUGUAGUAAUGUACAUGAAAAGUGAGCCCUUUUCAGUGAAUUUGGCUUAAACACUAUAGCUCUGGAAAUCUGAACUUUGCACACGCACAUGCACGCACACAUAGGAAGCUGCAGGCUUUUGAAAGAAGACAGAUGAUUAAAUCCUGCUGCUUUUUUUUUUUUAAAAAAGGUCUAUCAGGUUUAGAACAUAGGCAUAGUCACUAAGUAUGUUUCCAAAGAGCGGCCCCUUCAAUAAUGCUUUCAAAGAAAAAAAAAUGUUGCAUGUAAUUCUUAAGUCUAAAUAUUGCAUUUGAUUCCCAGCAGCCAUUCUAUUUUAUUUAAAAAAUUAAUGAAUAGAUAUAGCAGCUCAGGGAAAAGGUAAAAAGGUUUAUCCUUUAAGAAGAUAGCUUCCUUUCUUUUGAUCUGAUUUCUGAGGGUUAAUUCUUGCCUUUUGUUUUAUCGCUGAGGAUUUCUUAAAGACAGGACCAUCACCACGUUGGAACUGGUGACUGAGCAAAAGAAAAAAAAAAGAAUCAUUCGUGACCUAGUUCUUGGCCUCAGUUUCCCUGCUCCUAGCUCACAGGAAAUAAAGAGUUUGAAAGGGGUAUGUUUUCUUAGCAACCACUUGGGUAUCUUCUGUCCUUUGGGUGGGCUCAGUCUGAUUAACGGAACAGCCUAGCUUACAAUGAAAUGUUGAUGUUGAAACUAUUUAUCAAAAGAAUACAAACCACAGUGCCACAUUCGAACAGGACAGCAGCAACCCAGCAGUAUCUUGCUGCUGCUGCUGCUGCUAGGUCACUGAUUUAUACUUCAGGUUCAAGGAAAGUUCCAUUGGGGAUAAAUGUCAUUGUGGCUGGCAAGACAGGCCACAUACCUGAUCACCACCUUCCUUCGGGGAGAAAUUUCCAUCUGUCUGAACAGCUUAGAUGAUCAGAGAGCAGCUCAGUAAAUGUACAACGUGCUUUAUUCAGCACAGGAAUGUCUGUUUGAGCUCUGAUAGCUGGCAAAAGCAAGAUAAUCUUUUGGGAUUUAAUAACUCUUGCAUUAGUUGCCCACCACUAUCGAUAUCAUGGGUGUAGGAGAAAAUUAAAUGCAGCAAUCAGAACCAGUGACUUUUAUUCCAGAACAAAGAGCUUAUGGAGACUCACACUUACAAGGACAAUUUCAUAUUUAAUCUUCACUCACUUCAGGGCAUAUUCUUAACCCUCCAUUACAUUGAAAAAUGGACUAGUCCUGAUUAUUUGAAUAAGCAAUGUCUUCUCCAGUAUAAUCACUUUAGUGCUAUCACCAUGAAAGGAGAAGAAAGCAACUGUGACACCAGGACGUUUUUGAACACCUCUACAAGCUGCAAACCACCCCCGACACCCCCUAAUGGAAAUCAAAAUAAGAGAUGUUCAGGCUGAAGCCUAUCAUGGAUUACAACCUUGUAGAGAGGAAAGACUGCCCCAGCCUCCUCAGUAUCUGCUGCCUGAGUUCAUGUUACAGAGUAUCCAUCCCCUCUGAGAUAUCAGCAUAGUCUAAUGAUAGGAAGGCCUCAAAUUCAGGAUGAAAAAUACCAAUUAGUAAAUCAGACUCUUGUUGGCAUCUUCAAACAUUCUUUAGAUCCUUGAAUAUUGAUGGUUUUGACUUUUGCCGAUGUUUAAGGUAAGAAAAAGACCUGACGAUUUUGGAAAGCCCCUUCAGCCAUAGUUAGGAAGCUUUGGAAGAGACACAACAACACAAAAUGGAUUUUAGGGACUGAGAUAGAUAAAAUUCAAGAGCUCAACACUGAAAAUACUCCUAUUUGGUGGCUUCACUCACUGAAAAUACCCUAACCCUAAAAUAUAUAGGGAUCGGAAUAUUAUGUUAGCUAUUUAAAGUAUACUCUUCAUUGCUAAAUGUUUCCUUACAACAGAAAUUUCUUGAUAUGCCCUAACUUUCCUAUUUUUCUACAUUAAGUGAUUAGGAAAUAUUCUGCCAUUUAGACAUAGUCUAUAUUGAGUAACCAGGUCCUGGUACAGUUCCCAGCAUGCUAGCUGUAUCAGAAACCCAAUAGACUUUUACGAAGAGCUCAGGAUGAGAAGAAAUUUGCUAGGUCCCAAAGGGUUCAUGAGCACUAUCAAAUGUUACUACUGAGAAGGAAUCAGUAGCAUUUGGCAGAUGGGGGUGGGUGGGAGGGCAUCACAGCUAUGGCAGAUCUCACCCACACCCAACCCAUGCUGAGGUUUCACAGACCUCUGCCCCUGAAAAUCAAGCCAUCUUUUAGCUAAUUUCAAACACCAAAUCUAAACCCAACAUGAUAACAAUGAUUUUUAUUUGUCGAAAAAUGGGAUACAUAACAGAAACGCUGGCUAAGAAAGCUUGGAUUUGGGGGUGAUAUCUAUAUAAUGGAGAACAAAGAGACAAAUGAAAAAAAGAAAAAAAGGAAAAGUAGCCAAUCUUCCUAUUAUCAUUAAAGUGUCACUUUCAGUUUAAUCAGGCACUGAUUUAGAAGUUGGAUGGUUAGAUCGUUGGUUUUCUAGAAAUACUUUGGAAAUACAGUGUGAUGGGGAAAGUGAUGGUGAAGAACUUGCUUACAAAAGUCUUUAAUGUUAGUGAAUGAAUGUAAACAGUACCAAGCUAUGCAUUUUCAUACUUUUCAUCAAGUAAGAUGUUGUAUUUUAUAUGGAGUCCAAGUAAGCUUUUUUCCCCCAUAGGUGUUUACCAUUAUUGCAAAUAGUACAUACAUAAAAAUGAAUGCAUGUCUUCACUGGGAAGGUUAGACACCCAUCUCUCUCUGUCUCUCUCUCUCUGUCUCUCUCUCAUUUUUUUGAGCUGAUGUGCUUUUUUAAGUCAGAGCAUUUAACUUCAGACUAUCACCUUUGUGUAAUAUACAAGUCCAGCCAUUUUGGUGGAGAAAUGAGAAGGGUUUUUAAUUUUACCCAUGGAGCCAAAUGCUGGCUGUAUUAAGUCUGCCCUUUCUUUAACGGUGUGAUAACUCGGGACUCCAAACUGUAUACAGUUUGUAGGUACUUGCAUAGGAUAGCUGCAAUAUAAAUGCAAUAGGUGUUUUCUUCCUUGUGGGUUUUUUGUUGUUUUUUUAGUCCAGGGAAAAAUAAUCUGCUCUAAAAGGUUUGGGUCAUACAAUUUCAAAGGAAUAAUAUGGAAAUGUUUUUCUUCUUUAAAGAAAAUCCUUUUUGGUUUGUUUCUUGUUUGGUUUGUUGUUGUUUUUUAAUAGCAUGGAGACAUUGUCCUUCGUUUCAGAAUUCUACGCAGAUCCCACAGCCCUUUCCUCAUUCAAUUUGUUCUUGUGUUGAUAGUCUUUUCUCUCACAUUUCCCCCGUUUGCCUCUUUAUCAGCACUUGUCUGUGUUGCUUAGUGUGAAAAAUACUCUUCUUCAUUUGCCCAUUAAUAGGACACACAGACUGUUCAAUUCCUUUGCUAUCCUGACCCUGCUUUGUGUCUCUAAAGACAGUUUCUCAACCAUCUGUGACUGCUGUUUCAUUUCUCAAUUCACUUUUUAAAAUAUAAGAAAGAGCUUCCAAACCUGAUACUUUGGGUUAUACUGGAUAUAUUUGCUAUAUAUUUAGAAGGUUGGGGUGGGGCGUGUCUUUUUAUAUGAUUUUUAGCCAAAUUCCAGUGUUCUGAUGAUUACUUUUCUGGAUAUCUAAUUGUAAAUAAAGCCUGUAAAGUUUCAGGUUAAGAAACCUAAAAAUGACUGUUCAUUGGCUUUGUGCUAGCUUUUUGGAAUAUUGUACAUAGAUUAGAUUUAACGAUUUAAAUGUUGGUGUUUUUUUUCUAAAUACUGUUACUCAAAAAAACUAUUUUGAAUGUUUGGGGAUUCCUUUGUUUUUAUUUUCUUUGCUUUGCAUCAUUUUAGACUUUGUGUGUUGGUAAAAAUAAAUACGUGUUUCCUAAAGAUUUAACACCAGGAGACAAAAACAACAACAAACUGGUGCUGUCUGGAUGGUGGGAACAAUUUUAAAUUGAAGGUUUGUGAUUUAAAACUAUCCACAGUGUACACACCAAUUAAGCUGCACUUUUCCCAAGAGACCAGCCACAGUCUACCUGAAAUGGGCUUUCAGAGGACCAUAAAAUGUUUACAGUUUCUGUUGCCCAUUGAAGUGUAAAAUAGAGAAAUGACUCCCUCCUCAUUGUUGCAUAUUUGAUACAUUAGGGACAUGGGAGCAUUCAAUUUAAGUAGAAAGAACAGUUUGUAAGAAAACCAUUAGUCAUAGUUCUCGAAUCUUUGGGAUUUCAGAUUUUGUGAUGCUUGGAUGUACCAAUAAACAUGCUGUUGCUUCUCUUGUCUAACAACAUGUCUCUGGCCUGUGUUUUACUGUUUGUGGGUAUACCAAGAGCAGCCCUAGCAUGAAUCUGGUCCAGGAACUGGCCCUUCAGCCAGCCCAUUCUGACCAACUGCAAGGAUGUCCACAGACCAGGAAUCUAAAUGCACUUGUAUCUGAUUUGCUAUCAUGGAAUAAGUCUAACUUUCCCAUAAUAAAAAGAUUUGUGUAUCUG